GACCGCGCAGGUCAAGCCCAAGCCUCGAUUAGGCGCCCAUCACAGACCGGUCCGCGGGCCCGGAAACUCUCUUUGUUGUUCUCCUCGUCGGGAGCGACGGCCACCAGCUGCCACUAUCGCCUUCCUUCCCACCACCAUGGCGCCCCGCAAGCCCAUCCCCUUCGAGGUCUCCACCGAGGCGCCGUACGCGCUCGCCCUGCUCACCGAGUACACUCACACCCUCGACUCGCUCCCCGUCGAUCUCUCCCGCAACUUCGCCGACCUGCGCGAGCUCGACGCCGUGCUCUCCUCCUCCAUGGCGUCCAUCACGGCGAAGAUCACCCAGCUCGUCGCGCUGCUCGAGAACCCCACCGCGGCGCGCGCGGACAGGCUGUACCUGCUGAGCGACCUCGCGGAGGAGGCGAAGCGCCUGAAGCUCGGCGGCGAGGACAAGAUUCGCGUCGCGUGCCAGGCGGCGGAUAACCUGAAGGCCCAUAUGCACCACCUCAGGACGCUCACGGAGCGCGUACCGGGCUUCGACGCGCGGAUGCUGGUGCGCAAGACAAGCUUCCCGCAUGUGAACCCGCGGAGGUUCCACCCGUAUAUGAACGAGCACGGGCGGAGGAGGAAUCCGAGGAGCAGCUUGGUCGUGAAUGGAGACGUCGACGGCAACCCAUUCAGGCCGCGGCACGCCGAGCACGCCUCGCCGCGCAAGGAUCGGGUCGCAGAGCUGAAGCGGGCGAAUGGCAGGGCGAAGACACAUCGCGCCGCCUCCCCCAGCGACACCAUGAUCGACAUCACCGACCACGCACCCCCUUUGUCCGUCUCGCGCUCUGCCGGCCCUUCCACCAACGGCGCCCGCCGCCCCGCGCGCUCGUCCCACCGCGAGUCCGUGCAGCCGUCCGAGAUUCGCUCCGUUCGCUCGCAUAUGGACGACUACGUGCUGCCAGGCGACUCCAUUUCCGCACAGCUGCCCGCAAUGAGGAGCCCGUCGCCUAUGGCUGAGGACGACGGCCACGACGCGGAUCCCAAGCAGCUGUACUGCAUCUGCAGGGGCCCGAGCUCGGGCACCAUGAUUGCCUGCGACGGCCCGAACUGCCCAACGGAAUGGUUCCACCUGACCUGCGUCGGCUUGACAGAAGAGCCCGCGGAGGACGACAAGUGGUACUGCGACGACUGCGCGGCGAAGAGGAAGCGUGCCCAGCGCGGAGCUAUCAAGAAGAGGAAUGGGGCGGGGCGGGGCAGGUAGAGAUGCAAUUACGCGCUUCGCUUCGAUAUCUCCUCGACUCCUCGACUCCUCGACGCUAAACCUUCGUCUCCGCUUCAAUGUUCCUCUUGUCCGGCGCUCGGAGAAUGGACUGAUUCGCGCCCCGCGGACGGGGGCCGUUAUAUGUACGCCUACGCGCGACUCGCUAUACCCCUCUGUUUGUGCAUUCCUGCUGUACUAGUAGUUCGCCUGGUUGCGUUGUUAUGCAUCCCCAGUGACAGUGGUUUCA